GACCCACAGCCAAGAUGGCGGCGUCCGCCAUGCAGGCGUGCCGUCUCCUGCGGUUCUCCGUGGCUCUGGGGCCCAGGUCCUGUAACUACCGUGCGCCGCCACCCCCGCGCCGCCGCCCCGGGCCCCACUGGCCAGACCCGGAGAAUCUGCUGAGCCCACGAUGGCAGCUAGGGCCGCGAUAUGCGGCGAAGCAGUUCGCGCGGUACGGCGCCAAGUCCGGGGUGGCCCCCGCCUCCCUGUGGCCAUCCCCGGAGCAGCUGCGCGAGUUGGAGGCGGAGGAGCGAGAAUGGUACCCGAGUUUAGCGACCAUGCAAGAGUCGCUGCGCACGCAGCAGCAGGCCCAGGAGGCAAGGCGUCGUGCCAGGGAGCAGCACAUCUCAGAGUGCAUGGCCAAGAUGCCACAAAUGAUUGAGAACUGGCGACGGCAGAAGCGAGAACGCUGGGAGAAAGCUCAGGCUGACAAGGAGCGGAGGGCCCGGUUACAGGCUGAGGCCCAGGAGCGCCUGGGUUACCACGUGGACCCAAGGAGUGCCCGCUUCCAGGAACUAUUACAGGACCUAGACAAGCAGCAGCGCAAGCGCCUCAAAGAGGAGAAACAGCGGCAGAAGAAGGAGGCACGAGUUGCUGCUAUGGCCUCUGCCGAAGCCCAGGACCCAGAAGUGUCUGGGGAGCCCAGUUCCUAAAAGUCCCUUUCCCAAUAAAACCUGCUGCUGACAGCUCUGUUCUACACA